AUGUUUAGAGCUGGAAGAAAGCAACUUUGGAAACAGAGCAUUGGCCGAGUUCUAAAGCAAAAGCUCAAGGAGGAAAGAGAAGCUAAACGUGCACAGCUGGAUGGCAGGCAUGAUUAUUUACUGGAUACUGUUGCCUCUUGUGUGAAUCUGGACAGAGCAGAAGUGGAAGAUGCUAUCCUUGAGGGUAACCAGAUAGAGCGCAUCGACAGAUUCUUGGCAACUGGAGGUCUGCAUCAUCUGAUGUUCUACUAUCAAGAUGUGGAGGCAACUGAUACUGAACAUCUUGGCCUUCCAGGAACAGAAAUUAAUUUGCAUUUUCCAAAGAGAAAGAAAUCUAAAGUAUUCGUGACGGAAGGAAAAGAAGUUGCUUUAAUUGGUAUAUGUGUCGUCUUCAUUAGAUCUAAUCCCUUGAAGCCCAUCACAAGUGAGAAUAUUUAUCUGGAAGUGAGUUUUCAUAUGAUGGAUAUAGGUCAAGACGGCUUACUGAAAAGUGUUGAGCAAUUGAUAUCAGAAAUCUUCAUUCCUGCCUUACGAACUAUGGAACAUGGCUGGGGUGAACUUGGUAAAGCUCAACAAGCUUCCAGUGCUAAGCAGGAGUUCCUCGGUUCCCUUGAAGCUUUUGUUAGUGUGUUAUCAGUGGCUCAGCAAAGUUUGCUGGAAAAGGUGAAUCUUAAGCAAUGUGAAAGUUAUGAUCUGAAAACUCUAAGAGGACCCUCAGAUUAUCUGAUGGUUGCUAACAGCACAGAAACUCUUGAAAAAGUAGAAAUCUGCAUGAAAGUGUGGACCAAACAGAUUGAACAGGUUCUUGCAGAAAAUGAUCAACUGAGAAAGGAAGCUGAUGACCUUGGACCUCGAGCAGAGCUUGAUUACUGGAAAAAAAGAUUGUCUAAAUUCAACUACCUUAUGGACCAGCUGAAGAGCCCAGAUGUGAAGGCAGUGCUUGGAGUACUCGCCGCUGCUAAAUCCAAACUACUGAAGAAUUGGCAAGUGCUGGAUAUUCGCAUCACAGAUGCAGCAAAUGAAGCUAAAGAUAAUGUGAAGUAUCUAUACACUCUGGAAAAAUGUUGUGACCCAUUAUAUAAUAGUGACCCUGUGUCCAUGGUAUCUGCUAUUCCAGAUCUUAUGUAUGCAAUUAAAAUGAUUUACAGUAUCUCACAGUAUUACAAUACCUCUGAAAACUUAUCCUCACUCUUUGUGAAGGUGACCAAUCAGUUGAUUACAGCAUGCAAAUCUUACAUUACAAACAAUGGUACUGCCACCAUUUGGAAUCAACCUCAGAAAAGAGUUUUGGAAAAGCUACGAGCAGCCAUUAGACUUAAACAGGCAUAUCAAAAUUGCUUUCGCAAGAUAAAGAAGAAACUGAAAAAAAAGCCAUCUGAAAGACAGUUUGACUUCAGUGAGACGUAUAUCUUUGGAAAAUUUGAAACCUUUCAUCGACGUCUGGUUAAGAUAAUAGAAGUUUUUAAUACUAUUAAAAUUUACUCAGUUCUACAGGAUUCUAAAAUAGAGGGAUUGGACACAAUAAUCACAAAAUAUGAGAGCAUUGUUGACAUUAUGAAGAAAAAGCAAUACAAUUUUUUGGAUCAGCGCAUGGCUGAUUUUGACCAAGACUAUGAAGAAUUUUGCAGAGAGAUAAAUGAUCUUCAUGAUCAGUUAAGGACUUUUAUGGACAUCACCUUUGAAAAUAUUCUGAACACUGAAAGAGCACUAAAGAUGCUAAGGAAAUUUGAAAGAUUAAAAAUCCCAAGUCUUGGUGUUGAAGAAAAGUAUCUGAAAAUCCUUCAAAACUUUGGUAAUGACAUAGAAACUGUCUCUGACCUCUACACUACACAGAAGCACGACCCUCCAUUGGCUCGUAAUCUGCCUCCCAUAGCUGGGAAGAUCUUGUGGGUCCGCCACCUCUUCCAUAGGAUCGAGGAACCCAUGGAGUGUUUUCAGCAUCACCCAUCUGUUCUACAAACAGUAGAUGGAAAGCGCGUAAUCCGCAGCUACAACAAAGUAGCAAGAGUUCUUGUGGAGUUUGAGGUGAUUUAUUACAGGGCAUGGCUUCAACAGGUUGAAUGGACUAAAACAAAACUUCAGAAUUUUCUCUUGGCAAAAUCUCCAGAAACAGGAGAAUUAUUUGUGAAUUUUGACCCUGAGAUAAUAACUUUAGUCAGAGAAGCAGAUUGCAUGGCUCACAUGUCCCUAGAAAUCCCACCAUUUGCAUAUAUUCUUCAACUAAAUAGAGAUCGGUAUAAAAAGAACAUCAGCAAUUUGCAGAUGAUACUAGCAGAAUAUAAAAGAAUUAAAUUGAAAAUCCAACACCCUGUUGAGCAAUUGAUUGCACCUUGGUUAGCAAAUAUAGAUGAUGCUCUCCAGCCAGGUUUAAUGUUACUGACCUGGACUUCCUUGUAUGUUGAGAAGUUUAUAGAGACAAUUUUUUACAAGCUAGCUGAACUGGAGUUAUUGCUUGAUCGGGUGAAUGACUUAGUUGAAUUUCGUAUUGAUGCUGUCCUUCAAGAAAUGAGUUGCGUGCCUCUCUGUGAAUUGCCAGAAGAUGAACCACUGAACUGUGAGGAAUUUCUGCAGAAAACCAAGGAGCUCUGUAGAAAAGGUUCCCAGACUUUACAUUUAAAAAGCUCACUGGUGGAAGAAGCUGUUAAUGAGCUGAUUAAUAUGUUACUUGAAACUGAGGUUCAGCUCACAACAGGAGAUGAGAAGUCAGUUGUGCCUACCAGUGGAAGAAACGAGAGAAGUCCAGAAGAGGAAAGAAUAUCAAAAAGCCUGGCCUUCUCCCACAUUUCCAGUGAGAUAUUGGCUGAACUAUCACCUGUGGCAAAGAGGAGGGGAAAGGAAUCAGAAGUGUUAGAGGAAGAAGCCAAUGAACUGCUUUCCUACUUUAAUCGUCGUAAUGUUGAUGCCCUUUUCAAAGUCACUCGGAAUACUCUGGAGACCAUACGCAAGCGCAUCCAUGCAUCUUCCAUGAUCAACUUCCUAGAAGAUCACAGUUCCGCUAAGCAGAAAACAAGUGUUUGUCCUAUCAUUAGGACUAGUGUUAACCUGUCUAUCCCUAAUGUCAUCAUGACACCCUCUUUGGAUCAGGUGCAGCAAAUGUUUAAUAAAGUUGUGGAUAGCAUUGUCAGUGUAACAAAAGGAGUUGGACAGUGGAGUAAGGAGAGAAUAUCAAAGAAGAAAAUGCUAGAGAGAAAAGUGGCUGAUCUGCAGUGCGAAAGCAGAGACAGUGAUUCUGAUGAUUCUGCAAUGAAAGACACUGGAGUGAAAAACAUGCUUGAUAGUGUUUCUGAUGCACCAUCACUCAAUUUGUCUGAACCAGACCAAAGCAAGAGCUACUUCAAGAGUGUUUCAGAGAACAAAGAAAUUAUUAAAUUGGUAUCUGUACUCAGCACUGUUAUUAAUUCUACAAAAAAAGAACUUCUUACAGUUUUGGAGAGUUUCAGUUGUUACCACCAUAUAUGGCAGAAGGACAAGGAGGAAACUAUUGAUAAAUCUGUGAUGGGAAGCCCAUUGCUUUCAGAAUUUGAAUCUCAGAUUCUUCAUUUUCGAGACCUGGAGCUGAAAAUCAAUUCUGAGCCUGAAUACAUCUGUGUGGGAGCUAUUGCACUGUAUACAGCUGACCUGAAGCUAGCACUGACAGCAGAAACUAAAGCAUGGAUGACUAAGCUGGGGUGUCAUUGUAAUAAGAAGUACAGAACAGAGAUGGAAAAAAUUUUCACUUUUAUAGAGGAAACUGGAAAGAAGUUAAAUCGCCCCAUCAAGGAUCUGGAUGACAUAAGAACAGCCAUGUCUGCAUUAAAGGAGAUCAGAGAGCUACAGAUCUCCAUAGACUUUCAAAUAGGGCCCAUUGAGGAAUCCUAUGCCAUGCUAAACAAAUAUGAUCUACUUGUGGCCAAAGAAGAGACAGACAGGGUGGACACUUUACGCUAUACUUGGGAAAAACUGCUAGUCCAGGCAAAUGAAGUACAAAAGCAGCUGAUUUCUUUGCAGCCAAACUUCAAAAGAGAGCUAAUUAGCACUGUGGAGACUUUUAUUGAAGAUUGUGAACAUUUCUAUUUGGAUUAUGAUCAGAAUGGGCCAAUGGUGCCUGGCUUAGAGCCUCAAGAAGCCACUGACAGACUUGCUAUGUUUCAGAAUCGAUUUGAUAAUCUAUUUCGGAAGUAUAUUACUUAUACUGCUGGGGAAGAGCUUUUUGGUUUGCCUGUUACGCAGUAUCAUCAGCUACUGGAGAUAAAGAAACAACUGAACCUGUUACACAAGCUCUAUAACCUCUAUAACAAUGUAAUUGACACAGUUAAUGGCUACUACGAUAUUCUUUGGUCAGAGUUAGACACUGGAAAACUUAACAGUGAACUUCUGGAGUUUCAGAACAGGUGUCAUAAACUUCCUCGUGCUCUAAAGGAAUGGCAAGCCUUUCUUGACCUAAAGAAGACUCUUGAGGACUUGAAUGAAUGUUGCCCGUUGCUUGAGCGUAUGUCAAAUAAAGCAAUGAUGCCUCGGCACUGGAAGCGGAUUACAGAUCUCACUGAACAUAAUUUUGAUGUAGAAACUGAAACAUUCAAACUGAGGGACAUCAUGGAAGCUCCACUGCUAAGAUAUAAAGAGGAAAUAGAGGAUAUCUGCAUAAGCGCUGUGAAGGAGCGAGACAUUGAGCAGAAAUUAAAACAAGUGAUAGCUGAAUGGGACAACAAAACAUUUGUCUUUGCAAACUUUAAAACCCGCGGGGAACUUCUCUUAAGAGGAGACAGCACAUCAGAAACAAUUACUAGCAUGGAGGACAGCUUGAUGAUUCUUGGUUCUCUCAUGAGUAACAGAUACAACACUCCAUUCAAGACACAGAUUCAAAAAUGGGUGCACUAUCUUUCCAACACAACAGACAUCAUUGAGAACUGGCUGACUGUACAGAACCUGUGGAUUUACUUAGAGGCUGUUUUUGUUGGUGGUGACAUAGCAAAGCAGCUUCCAAAGGAAGCAAAGCGUUUCUCAAACAUUGACAAAUCUUGGGUGAGGAUCAUGACCAGAGCCCAUGAAAUACCUAAUGUUGUUCAGUGCUGUGUUGGAGAUGAAAUAAUGGGACAGUUGCUACCACAUUUAUUAGAGCAACUUGAAAUUUGUCAGAAAUCACUCACAGGGUACCUGGAGAAAAAACGUCUGCUGUUUCCACGAUUCUUUUUUGUGUCAGAUCCUGCUCUCUUAGAAAUUCUUGGCCAGGCAUCAGAUUCUCACACUAUACAGGCCCAUUUGCUGAAUAUCUUUGACAAUAUUAAAACAGUCACAUUCCAUGAGAAGAUAUAUGAUCGUAUAUUGUCCGUUAAUUCACGAGAGGGUGAGACUGUAGAACUGAGUAGACCUGUGAUGGCUGAAGGUAAUGUGGAAGUUUGGCUCAAUUCUCUGUUGAAGGAAUCGCAGGCAUCACUGCAUUACAUCAUUUGCCAGGCAGCUGCCAGCAUCCAGGAAACUGGCUUCCAGUUGACUGAAUUUCUUUCUACUUUUCCAGCCCAGGUUGGGUUGUUGGGGAUUCAAAUGAUUUGGACACGAGACUCAGAAGAAGCUUUGACUAAUGCUAGGUAUGAUAAAAAGAUUAUGCAAAAGACAAACCAGUUUUUCCUGGAUCUCCUCAACACGCUGAUAGAUAUGACAACAAAAGACCUUAAUGCAAUGGACCGAGUUAAAUAUGAGACAUUAAUCACUAUCCAUGUGCAUCAGAGGGACAUCUUUGAUGGUCUGUGUUGCAUGCAUAUCAAGAGUCCUACAGACUUCGAGUGGCUGAAACAGUGUAGAUUCUAUUUUAAAGAUGAUGCUGAUAAAAUGAUAAUUAGUAUCACUGAUGUGAGUUUCACAUACCAGAAUGAAUUCUUGGGCUGUACUGACAGACUUGUGAUAACACCGCUUACGGACAGAUGUUACAUCACGUUGGCUCAAGCUUUAGGCAUGAACAUGGGUGGAGCACCUACAGGACCUGCAGGAACUGGAAAAACAGAAACUGUCAAAGACAUGGGACGGUGCCUUGGCAAAUACGUAGUGGUCUUCAACUGUUCAGACCAGAUGGAUUUUCGAGGACUCGGUAGAAUCUUCAAAGGUCUUGCUCAGUCUGGUUCCUGGGGUUGCUUUGAUGAGUUCAAUCGUAUUGAUUUACCAGUACUAUCAGUAGCUGCACAGCAAAUUGCAAUUGUGUUGACAUGUAAGAAGGAACGUAAAAAAAGCUUUAUCUUUACUGAUGGGGAUAAUGUGGAAAUGAACCCUGAAUUUGGCAUCUUUCUUACUAUGAAUCCAGGAUAUGCUGGGCGGCAAGAGCUUCCUGAAAACUUGAAGAUCAACUUCCGUUCAGUGGCCAUGAUGGUUCCUGAUCGUCAAAUAAUAAUUCGCGUCAAAUUGGCUAGUUGUGGUUUCAUUGCUAAUGUUGUUUUGGCAAGAAAAUUCUUCACACUCUACAAGCUGUGUGAAGAACAGCUCUCAAAACAGGUGCAUUAUGAUUUUGGCUUGCGCAACAUAUUGUCAGUAUUGCGGACAUUAGGAGCAGCAAAAAGAGCAAAUCCUACAGAUACUGAAUCUACCAUCGUCAUGCGUGUGCUGAGAGACAUGAACCUGUCUAAAUUGAUUGAUGAAGAUGAACCCUUGUUUCUGAGUCUCAUUGAAGAUCUGUUUCCAGGUAUCCAGCUGGAUAAAGUAGGCUAUCCUGAACUAGAAGCUGCCAUUGACAAACAGGUAGAGGAAGCUGGUCUUGUUUGUCACACUCCUUGGAAACUGAAAGUUAUCCAGCUGUUUGAAACCCAGAAAGUAAGGCAUGGAUUGAUGACUCUAGGGCCUAGUGGUGCAGGAAAAACACUUUGCAUCCACACUUUGAUGAAAGCCAUGACAGACUGUGGACAGCCACAUCGUGAAAUGAGAAUGAAUCCUAAAGCUAUUACUGCUUCGCAAAUGUUUGGUCGUCUUGAUGUGGCAACAAAUGAUUGGACGGAUGGAAUAUUUUCAACACUCUGGAGAAAAACUUUAAGAGCCAAGAAAGGUGACCAUAUCUGGAUAGUUCUUGAUGGUCCUGUUGAUGCUAUUUGGAUUGAGAACCUUAAUUCUGUCCUCGAUGAUAACAAAACUCUAACACUAGCAAAUGGAGAUCGUAUACCUAUGGCACCAAAUUGUAAAAUAGUCUUUGAACCUCAUAAUAUUGAUAAUGCUUCUCCAGCAACAGUUUCAAGGAAUGGAAUGGUAUUCAUGAGUUCAUCAGUUCUUAGCUGGAGCCCUAUUCUUGAGGGAUUUUUGAAGAAGCGUUCCUCCCAAGAAGCUGAAAUUCUGCGCCAGUUGUACACAUCUUCAUUCCCAGACCUCUAUCGCUUCAGCAUUCAGUCUCUGCAGUACAAGACGGAGAUGUUGGAAGCCUUUGUGAUCAUGCAGAGCAUUAAUAUGCUCCAGGGUCUUAUCCCACCUAAGGAGCAAGGAGGGGAACUGACUCCAAAUUACUUGGAAAGGCUGUACAUCUUCUCUCUUAUGUGGAGUGUAGGAGCACUUCUAGAACUGGAAGAUAGAUGCAAGAUGGAGCACUGGCUUCGAAAUCACGCAAGAAGAAAGCUUGAUCUUCCUUCAAUUCCUGAAGGCAGUGAAGAUACCAUGUUUGAUUAUUACGUGGCAUCUGAUGGCAAAUGGAUGCACUGGAAAACACGCAUUGAAGAGUAUGUAUAUCCUAGUAACAGCACUCCAGAGUAUGGCUCCAUUCUUGUGCCAAAUGUUGAUAAUGUGAGAACAGAUUUCCUUAUUGAAACCAUUGCAAAACAGGGCAAGGCAGUUCUGCUAAUUGGGGAGCAAGGAACUGCAAAAACUGUUAUCAUCAAAGGCUUUAUGUCAAAAUACAACUCUGAAAGCCACAUGACUAAGAGUUUGAAUUUUUCGUCUGCAACUACCCCAUUAAUUUUCCAGCGUACAAUCGAAAGUUAUGUGGACAAGCGCAUGGGAACAACAUAUGGUCCACCUGCAGGCAAGAAGAUGACAGUCUUCAUCGAUGAUGUGAAUAUGCCCAUAAUAAAUGAAUGGGGAGAUCAGGUCACCAAUGAGAUAGUUAGACAACUGAUGGAACAGAAUGGAGUGUAUAAUCUGGAAAGGCCUGGUGAAUUUACCAACAUUGUGGAUAUCCAGUUUUUGGCUGCCAUGAUUCACCCUGGAGGAGGUCGCAAUGACAUCCCACAGAGGCUCAAGAGACAGUUUUCUGUGUUCAACUGUACUUUACCUUCCAAUUCUUCCAUUGACAAAAUUUUUGGUGUAAUUGGAGAAGGUCAUUAUUGUAGAGAGCGGGGCUUUUCAGAAGAUUUGAGAAAAACAGUAGCCAAGUUAGUGCCACUGACGCGUCGACUAUGGCAAAGUACCAAAAUCAAAAUGUUGCCCACACCAGCCAAGUUCCAUUAUGUCUUCAACCUUCGAGACCUCUCAAGGAUUUGGCAAGGAAUGCUGAAAUCUACUUCGGAAAUGAUCAAUGAACCAGAUAUACUUAUAAAACUGUGGAAGCAUGAAUGUAAGUGUGUUAUUGCUGAUCGCUUCACAAACUCAGAAGAUAUAAACUGGUUUGACAUGACUUUGGCAAAACUUAUUGAGGAGGAAUUUGGAGAAAAAAAAUCUUUGCUGGAUUCUGCUACAUUCUUCGUUGACUUCUUAAGAGAUGCUCCUGAAAAAACUGGUGAAAAACCAGAGGGAGUUGAUUCAGAUAUGCCCAAAAUCUAUGAACCUGUUCACUCCUUUCAUCAGCUACGAGAUCGUUUAAAUAUGUUUUUACAAGUGUACAAUGAGAAAGUCCGUGGCACCGGAAUGGACAUGGUUUUCUUUGAGGAUGCUAUGAUUCAUUUAGUGAAGAUUUCUCGGGUGAUCCGCACUCCUGGUGGAAAUGCUCUUUUAGUUGGAGUUGGUGGUUCAGGAAAGCAGAGCUUAACCAGACUGGCAUCUUUCAUAGCUGGCUAUGAUACAUUCCAGAUCACAUUAACAAGAUCAUACAAUACUUCAAACCUGAUGGAAGAUCUAAAGCUCUUGUACAGAAUAGCAGGACAGCGAGGGAAAGGCAUAUGUUUUCUUUUUACAGACAAUGAGAUCAAAGAUGAGUCUUUCUUGGAAUACCUGAAUAACGUUUUAUCAUCAGGAGAGGUCUCAAACUUAUUUGCGCGGGAUGAAAUAGAUGAGAUCACUAGUGAUCUCAUACCUGCCUUCAAAAAGGCACAUCCACGUAGACCUCCAACCAGCGAGUGUCUGUAUGACUUCUUCAUGGCCAGAGUCCGUCAGAACCUUCACGUGGUGCUUUGCUUUUCUCCAGUGGGUGAAAAGUUCCGGAAUAGAGCCUUGAAGUUCCCUGCUCUCAUUUCUGGGUGCACCAUAGAUUGGUUCAGCCUGUGGCCUAAGGAUGCUCUGGUGGCAGUAUCUGAACAUUUCCUGUCUUCAUAUGAUAUGGACUGCACUGCUGAGAUAAAGAGGGAAAUAGUGCAGUGUAUGGGCUCAUUCCAGGAUGGAGUUGCAGAGAAGUGUUCUGAUUACUUCCAGAGAUACAGACGUUCCACACAUGUGACCCCCAAAUCCUACCUGUCCUUUAUUCAAGGAUAUAAAAUUACAUAUAAGGAAAAGCAUGCGGAAGUUCAGAUGUUAGCCAACAGAAUGAAUACUGGACUGGAAAAAUUGAAAGAGGCCUCUGAGUCAGUGGCUGCUCUAAGCAGAGAGCUGGAGGUAAAAGAAAAGGAACUUCAAGUUGCCAAUGAAAAAGCUGACAUGGUAUUGAAAGAAGUUACUGUAAAAGCACAGGCUGCUGAAAAGGUGAAAGGUGAAGUUCAGAAAGUGAAAGACAAAGCCCAAGCUAUUGUGGAUAGCAUCUCUAUUGACAAAGCCAUUGCUGAAGAAAAGUUGGAAGCUGCUAAGCCUGCUUUGGAAGAGGCAGAAGCAGCUUUACAGACAAUAAAACCUGCAGAUAUUGCUACUGUCCGCACAUUGGGUCGACCUCCUCACCUUAUUAUGCGUAUCAUGGAUUGUGUGUUACUGCUUUUCCAACGAAAAUUGAACAAUGUGAAGAUUGAUCAGGAGAAAAGCUCUAUCAUCCCAUCAUGGCAAGAAUCUUUGAAGCUGAUGACAGCAGGGAACUUUUUACAAAACUUACAGCAAUUUCCAAAAGACACAAUUAAUGAAGAAGUGGUAGAGCUUUUGAGCCCUUAUUUUGAAAUGAUGGACUACAACAUUGAGACAGCUAAGCGAGUAUGUGGGAAUGUUGCUGGCCUUUGUUCAUGGACCAAAGCUAUGGCUAUAUUUUUUUCCAUCAACAAAGAAGUAUUACCCUUAAAGGCUAAUUUGGCAAUCCAGGAGAAUCGCCUAACAACUGCUAUGCUAGAUCUGCAGAAAGCUCAAGCAGAACUAGGUGCCAAGCAAGAAGAACUAGAUGUUGUGCAGGCGGAGUACGAAAAAGCCAUGGGAGAAAAGCAGACUUUGCUUGAAGAUGCUGAACGCUGCCGUCAUAAAAUGCAAACUGCAUCAAGUCUUAUAAGUGGUCUGGCAGGUGAAAAAGAGAGGUGGACAGAACAGAGCAAAGAAUUUGCUGUACAAACCAAGAGGCUAGUGGGUGAUGUAUUGUUGGCUACAGCUUUCCUCUCCUAUUCUGGUCCCUUUAACCAAGAGUUCCGCAAUCUACUUUUAAAUGACUGGCAAAAGGAAAUGAAAGCUCGGAAAAUCCCCUGUGGAAACAACCUGAACCUUAUAGAAAUGUUGGCUGAUGCUCCAACUGUCAGCGAGUGGAACCUCCAAGGUUUACCAAAUGAUGAUUUAUCCAUACAGAACGGGAUCAUUGUCACUAAAGCAUCUCGUUAUCCAUUACUAAUUGAUCCUCAGGCACAGGGUAAAAUUUGGAUUAAAAAUAAGGAAGGCGGAAAUGAACUUCAGAUCACUUCUUUGAAUCACAAGUAUUUUAGACAUCAUUUAGAAGACAGCCUUUCUUUGGGAAGACCUCUUUUGAUAGAAGAUGUUGGAGAAGAACUUGACCCAGCACUAGAUAAUAUUUUGGAAAGAAACUUCAUUAAAGCAGGUUCUGCCAACAAGGUGAAAAUUGGUGAUAAAGAAAUAGAUGUUAUGAAGAGUUUCAGACUUUACAUUACCACAAAACUGCCAAAUCCAUGUUAUUCUCCUGAAAUUAGUGCUCGGACCUCCAUCAUUGACUUCACUGUGACCAUGAAAGGUCUUGAAAAUCAACUCUUAGGAAGAGUCAUUCUCUCAGAGAAACAGGAACUAGAAAAGGAAAGAACAGAUCUUAUGGAAGACGUGAGUAUGAACAAAAGAAGGAUGAAAGAGCUAGAAGAUAACCUUCUGUUCCGACUUACAAGCACUAAGGGUUCUCUGGCAGAGGAUGAGAGUCUAAUAACUGUAUUGAGUAACACUAAGAAGACUGCUGAGGAGGUAACACAGAAGCUAAAAAUUUCUGCUGAAACUGAAGUGCAGAUCAACUCAGCCCGCGAGGAGUACAGACCUGUUGCAACUCGAGGGAGCAUCUUAUACUUCCUUAUUACUGAGAUGAGUAUGGUCAACGUGAUGUAUCAGACUUCGCUUCGACAGUUUUUGGGGCUCUUUGACCGUUCACUAGCCAGAUCUACCAAGAGCCCUAUAACUAGCAAGAGGAUUGCUAAUAUUAUUGAACAUAUGACAUUUGAAGUAUACAAAUAUGCUGCCCGAGGACUGUAUGAAGAGCACAAAUUUCUGUUCACAUUAUUACUUACCUUGAAGAUUGAUAUACAGAGAAACAGAGUGAAGCAUGAAGAAUUUCUCACACUUAUUAAAGGCGGUGCUUCCCUGGACCUUAAAACUUGUCCUCCCAAGCCAGCUAAAUGGAUCUUGGAUAUGACUUGGCUGAACUUGGUGGAGCUCAGUAAGCUUAGACAAUUUUCAGAUAUUCUUGACCAAAUUGCCAGAGCAGAAAAACAGUGGAAAAUCUGGUUUGAUAGUGAGAAUCCUGAAGAAGAACUGGUCCCUAGUGGUUAUGGUCAAUCUCUGGACUGCUUCAGACAUCUUCUUCUUAUUAGAUCUUGGUGCCCUGACAGGACCAUAGCUCAGGCAAGAAAAUAUAUCAUUGAUACUAUGGGAGAGAAAUAUGCAGAAGGAGUCAUUCUGGACUUGGAAAAGACAUGGGAAGAGUCAGAUUCACGUACUCCUCUUAUAUGCUUUCUUUCCAUGGGCUCUGAUCCUACUGACUCAAUCAUUGCUUUGGGAAAAAGACUGAAGAUAGAAACACGUUAUGUUUCCAUGGGCCAGGGACAAGAAGUCCAUGCUCGUAAACUUCUACAGCAGACUAUGGUGCAUGGAGGCUGGGCUCUUCUGCAAAACUGCCACCUUGGACUUGGCUUUUUGGAUGAGUUGAUGGAUACAAUAAUAGAGACAGAGACUGUCCAUGAAGGGUUUCGACUGUGGAUGACAACUGAAAUCCAUAAACAGUUCCCAAUCACCCUUCUUCAAAUGUCUAUUAAAUUCACCAAUGAACCUCCGCAGGGACUCCGAGCUGGACUAAAACGAACAUACGCUGGUGUCAGCCAGGAUUUACUAGAUGUCAAUAGCAUGGUGCAGUGGAAACCAAUGCUGUAUGCUGUAGCCUUUCUGCACUCCACUGUUCAAGAAAGACGCAAGUUUGGGUCUCUGGGUUGGAACAUACCGUAUGAGUUUAACCAAGCUGACUUCAAUGCCACUGUACAGUUCAUUCAGAACCACUUGGAUGCUAUGGAUAUCAAGAAGGGGAUCUCCUGGAGUACUGUUCGUUACAUGAUAGGUGAGAUCCAGUAUGGUGGCCGUGUGACAGAUGACUAUGACAAAAGACUGAUGAACACUUUUGUAAAACUUUGGUUCAGUGAAAAUAUGUUCAGUCAAGAAUUCUGCUUUUAUAAAGGAUACAGCAUACCCAAGUGUACUGUGGUGGAUCAGUAUCUUCAAUACAUACAGAGUCUGCCUGCUUAUGACACACCAGAAGUGUUUGGUUUGCAUCCCAAUGCUGAUAUCACUUACCAAAGUACACUUUCCAAGAAUGUGUUGGACAUCAUUCUCAGUAUUCAGCCCAAGGAUAGCUCUGGUGGAGCAGAUGAAACACGAGAAGCAGUUGUGGCCAGACUGGCUGAUGAUAUGCUGGAGAAGCUGCCUUCUGAUUAUGUGCCAUUUGAAGUAAAAGAGAAACUAAAGAACAUGGGACCAUUUCAGCCUAUGAACAUAUUUUUGCGACAAGAGAUUGAUCAAAUGCAGAGAGUUAUUAUGUUAGUGAGAAGCACUCUGACCGAUCUAAAACUUGCCAUUGAUGGAACAAUUAUUAUGAAUGAAAAUCUGAGGGAUGCUUUAGAUUGCAUGUAUGAUGGAAGAAUUCCUGCUAGCUGGAAGAAAGCAUCUUGGGCUUCCAGUACACUUGGGUUCUGGUUUACUGAGCUUCUAGAAAGAAACCACCAGUUUCACAAUUGGAUUUUUGAAAGCCGACCAAAUUGCUUUUGGAUGACAGGGUUUUUUAAUCCUCAGGGAUUUUUAACAGCAAUGAGACAGGAAAUAACACGAGCUAACAAAGGAUGGGCUCUCGACAGCGUAGUUCUGUGCAAUGAGGUAACUAAAUGGAUGAAGGAGGACAUCACAAAACCACCUUUGGAAGGUGUCUAUGUGUAUGGGCUGUAUCUAGAAGGAGCUGGUUGGGACAGAAGAAACAUGAGACUGGUUGAAUCUAAACCCAAGGUGCUCUUCGAGAUGAUGCCGGUUAUAAGGAUAUAUGCUGAGAAUAACACUUCAAAAGAUCCAUGCCUCUAUUCGUGUCCUAUCUACAAGAAAACAGUUAGAACGGAUCUGAAUUACAUAGCUACUGUGGAUCUUAGAACCCUUCAGCCUCCUGAGCACUGGAUCCUGCGUGGGGUAGCACUUCUGUGUGAUGUCAAAUAGCGUU